AGCCUUUCCACAUGAAAUUUUUGGAAUAGAUCACCAAUAUUGGAUUUAUAAAUGGACAAAGUACCAUAAUUAUGUGAUCAGCAACAUGGGUUGUGUACGGGAAAAAAUCGUCAUAAGAAAAAAAUUAAUUGAUAUGUUAGAUGGAAGAAAAAUUUGUCUUUUCAUUGCAACAACCUGCACUUUAUUAUAUUUAAUUUCUGAUUAUUCGUAUGACUUAGCUAUAUAUUGUGCGAAGCAUUCUACGUUCGUUGUCGGUAGAAUUACACCAAAUGUUACCUAUACAACAUAUAAGGACAUGGUUCAUCAAUUCCACUGGCUACAAAAUGGAGGACAUUACAAGCCCGCUUAUUCAUGUUUUCCCAGUCAAAAAGUUGCCAUAAUAAUUCCAUUUCGAAAUAGGGAAUACCAUCUGAGAAUUUUGUUGAACAACCUACAUCCAAUGCUGUAUCGUCAGCAGAUCGAGUAUUCGGUGUAUGUACUGCAUCAGGCUGACGAGAAAGGAUUCAACAAAGGGAAGCUGUACAAUAUUGGAUAUAUCCAAGCAAUAAAACGAAACCAUACUUGCUUUGUAUUUCACGACGUUGAUCUUAUUCCAGAAAACGAUAGAAUUUUAUAUGGAUGUACACAGAGUCCUAUGCAUCUUUCAAGGGCAAUAGACAAAUUCAGUUACAGACUACCAGAUAACAAAUUAAUUGGAGGUGUCUCUGUUUGGAGAAGAAAGGAGUUCGAAAUGGUGAAUGGAUGGUCAAAUUUGUUCAUUAACUGGGGAGGAGAAGAUGACGAUAUGAGUUACAGAAUCAUGGCCAAUGGACUUUCGAUUUAUCGUUUCAAGAACUCUGUUGCAAGAUACAAAAUGCUCACACAUAAACAAGAAAUUGUUAACACUAAAAGGUAUACCCUUCUUGAAGACAGUCAUUCCCGUUACAAAGUAGAUGGGUUGUCAUCGUUGACCUACACUGACCUUAAAACAACAGAAUAUAGUUUAUUUACAAGGGUUUCUGUUAUUUUAUGAAAAGUAAAAGUUAUGGAAUGCCACUCUUAUAUCAAUGGAUAAUUAGUUUUUGAUAUCUUCUGACUUCCAUGGGUUUUUUUUUCAAAUUUUAAAA